GGGGUCUUACCUUCCGGACAACGCCCCACAAUUGCGAUCCAUUUCCGCUUUCUUUUUCCCUCAGACAUGGUGAAAUUGACUGGAACUCUGCUUGUCCAGGUAUGGAUAAAACCCCCUGCCUUUGCCCUCCGCGUCUACGCAAUCACCAGACACCAGCAGAGCCGGGAACGGUCAGUCGUAUGUGCACUCAAAGCCAAACAUGAAAAACCAACGAGCCGAGGAAGAAGCAACGGAGAUCCCAGCCAACCCAGAAGGUAUUCUUUGCCAUCUGAUUUCUCUCAAAUUCAGAACCUGUUCCUGCCGUGUGCGCGGGUGUACUUACUUUUGCGCACACUUUGAGCAAACAUCCCACGAGAUGAAGUUUGCGUCUCCCUCGUCUGGUCUGCUUUCUAAUCUCCCUACCUUGUUGUUUGCCUAGGGGUUAAUUACUGUUGCUAUCUUUACAGUCCCCGAACGACACUAGGGAGAGUGGGAGAUAGCCCGGAUUUACAUAUCCUACCAGCACAUU